AUGCCGCACUGGCAACGACUGACGGUGAUUGGAGAUGUGGUCAUCUCAAGUCUCACCAUUAUUGGUGCAAGCUAUCUGCUGUUAUCGCUGUUUAAGAAGGGCACUGGGAAGCUACGGGUCAGAUUGUUGGUAGGUAUGGUUGUCAGUGAUCUUUCACUGGGGUUGAUGCUUAUUGUUCCGAGUAUCAUGUGGCUCACAGGUUUCCGUUUUCAGACGGGUUCCGCAGGAUGUAACAUACAUGGUUUCUUCCUUACCAUUAUAUUGUUUACCCAGAACAUGUGGACAAUCUUGAUCGCUGUUGGUACCACACUUCUUUUGAAAUACCCACUAUCCUCAGCAACAACAUUAUUCGAACGAUGGUCCUUCCUAUCAUGGCCCUUUGUUAUCACAGUCUCCGUUAUCCAAUCCGGUGGUUGGUGGGCAGGAUACGGUUGGGUUUCUCAAGGCAACAUAUGUUAUUACGCUUCUCAUCCUCUUAAAGACAACCUUGACGCAAGAGACCUGAUACAGUUUAUACCACGAGCAACUGUAUUCGUCAUCAUUGUCACUGCUUAUACUCGACUUUAUUCUUUCCUCCGGAGACCCGACACCAUUCAACUUUCCACUCACUUCGCUUCCGGUCAAAGACAAGUCGAUGUUGAUCCACCACCUGGACCAGCUCGGGGACACUUACGACGCAACAAAAAUGGUAUUGGAUCUCCUAUGAAUCCGGACGCACCAUGGGAACAGAUGGAAUUCGUUCAUAUCGGUCGAACAAAGUUAACGCAAUCCAUAAAUGAUGAAGCGGCAUCACCAUCCCAUCCACCAUCCGUCGACUUCGGUGAAGCCCACAAAGCUGUUGCUCAUCCAUCAACCUCUCAAGCACCAAUAUCUUAUUCACACCAACCGUCCGCACCACCCUCAACGGUUAUGUUGGGAGAUGAACUCCUCCCCAGUCCCUCCCGCGACAUGUCAAUAACAUCGACUUUAGACGGCAGUAGAGAAGGAGAAGGAUUAAUAUCUUCGGUACAUUCAAUGACGGACGCGCAAGAUCAAUACAGUCUAGGCGACAUAUCCAGAUCACCGGGGAUGGAACAUGCCAAUAGGGAGGGAGAAGAAGAUGGAGAAGGAUUACCAGGUCAGACAAUGGCAGAGUUCUUCAACGACUGUCAAGUCACGACGGUUGGUACCGUGAAUGGAGAAAAACCAGAGAGAGGAAAUAAACCUCUGAUGUCAGCUUCGGCGUAUUUCAAUCGGCAGGCGAGUUUGUUGAUGUUAUAUUUCCCUUUAGCAUACAUGCUUGUGUUUUCGAUGUCGCUUGUCCGCUUAGUAUAUGAUAUGGUACAUAAGGAAAGUUCCCCAUUACUUGGACUAUUAUCAGCUUGGAUGGUGUUAUCAGUCGGAUUGAUUGAUGCCUUGGUCUAUGGAUUAGCAGAGCUGAUAGUGAGAAAACGUAUACGACGCAAGAUGGGGGAUAGGAUUUGA